CAGUUGAGGCAUUUAUAGGCAGGAGCUGAGAUGGUGCGGCGGCCAGUGUGCGUAGCGCGGGGCCAGUGUGCACACCAGGCGGACACUCCACACUCACUAUACCUACAUCAACCACCAUACUGUGUAUAUACUCUGCUACCGGGACUCAUUUCCACAUACGUGUAAAAAAAAGUGAAGGAAAUACUACUGGUAUAAAUACUGCGAGGAGACUACGGUGAUUGAUGCCUGUGCCACGUGAGGUGAUACUAGGCCUCCACCAGGGGAAGGUGAUGAGCUACGGUGCACUGGUGGUGUUUGUGGCUUGGCUGGUGGGGUCAGAGGCUCUUGGUCAUCAAGUAGUGAGCAGACCAAGUCCUCAAGAUGUGCCGAUGAACGAGCGCACUAGUCGGUGGGCGGCGGCAGCCUACGACCUGUUGCAGUCCUUGUCGUGUGAAGCGCCCUCGUGGACGACGGAGAAGGCGUGUCUUGAGGUCCAGCUGGUGCCCCGGGGGCUGAUGCGGGUGUGGGCGACCCAGGCGGGCCCACGGCAGUACGUGGCGCGGCUACCUGAUGGGUCCCUGCAGCGGUCUGGCCGCCACGACGGAGUGCUCAUGCUGGACCCCUAUCCCAGCGCCUCCUGGGGACAUCUGGUCCUGGUCAUCUUCGUCAGCAGCAACACCUCACUCGCGCAGUGUUCCAGCAACGGCGGCUACUGGGUGGAGCCCGGGGACUGCCUGACGGUGGCGGUGAAGGAGCGCUGCCGUAACCUCUUUGAGAGACGCGGCCGCCGCAAGAACUACGCCCGGCGGUGCGAGAUCAACCUGCCGCCGCUGGUGGUCCGGGACCAGGAUGCCCUCCUGCACAUUGCCUCCUCCUCCCACGGCCCCAGGUUAAGCGAGGGGCCCCUGCAGCGUCUCACCUGCAGGGACGACGCCCCCGGGUACGCCCCCUGUGCCCGCCUCAGGCCUCUCAAUGACACCAAUCACCUUGUCUGUGAUCCUCUAGGGGUGAACAUGAAGCGGUGUUCGUCGCGCCACGACACCGUACACACUCGGUGUCGUCUGUUCGAGGUGUGCGACCAGGCGGUGGUGUUGUCGGGAGGGUGGAGCCGCGACCUCUCCCCCGAGGACGCCACCAGCACCGUCACCGCCGCCUACCACAUGCUCAGGCACAACGGCUUCCAUAAGGGCAACAUCAAAAUAUUUUAUGCUAACGGUGCAAGGAAAGAUGCAGACCCAGCGCUGCAGCACGCCGUGUACCCGUCGUCGAUGAAGCUGGGACUACGGUACCACCUGCGCUCCCUGUGCGCCACGCCCCUCUGCACCGACUCCCUGGUGGUGUACCUGGCCGGCCCUGCCCUCAACGACGGCACUAUUCUGCUCUGGGACGAGGACCGCAACGGCCUGGUACGGGGUGGAGAGGCGUACAGCCCUCGGGAGCUGCUGAGGGACCUGCAGGAGUGUGCUGCCCGCCAGGUCACUGUCCUCGUCGACACCUCCUACGCUGGAGAGAUCGUCACCGCCUUCGCCAAGUCCAAGAAACACAAGAACGUUCAGGUAUUCGGUGCUGGGGGAAGCGAUGACUACUCAUGGGGGCGAGAAUUCUCUUCCCAUUGGUCCCACUACGCCCACACCCACUCCUGUACCGCCCACGCCCACCAGGCAUCGCUGAGCGCUGUACGGCUCUCCACCCCCACCAGUAACGACGGCUCCAGCGGUGACCUCAGGCGGACCAUCUUCGGCGCCCCCUGCAACGUGACCCCGCCCUUCACCUGGAGGGAACUCCAUCACCGUUACCUGGGCUGCCAGAAUACACCCACUGCUCUAUGGAUUCGCAGCGUACCGCCUAAUUUCUCUCCGCCAGAUCCUACCGAUAUUGCCGACGAGGUCUUCCUGCCCAGUGUUGACGUGGUGGAGUAAUGAGGAGACCGCCAGACUUGGGAGUCACGCCCGCUGCUCUACACACAUUGAACGUUUCCCGUGACUGUCUUGCGACAUCAACGGAUACUCCUUUACUUUUCAAGCGGUACAUUAUUUAAAAAAACAAAAGCAAACUGCUCUAUACAAACCAAGCUGGUGCAAUUCACGUUCUUCUAGAUUCCCAACAGUUUAGGUUGGGAGUUUCGGGUGCAUAUAGUCAAAGAUAUGCAAGACGUGUUGAGCGUUCGCAGCUGGGAAGUAUUUAGAAUGGAACUACGAAAUGCCAGCACAAGCUGUCAACUGAUACUGUAUUACAAAGUGAAUGUAUGUUGUUUUUAGUUCAUUUGCACAUUGGCGUUUAUUCGAUGCCAUCCUGUCAUACGUGCAUCACCUAACACAAUUUGUUUCAAUACAUUGCUGGUUUAGUGGGUUUGGAUUAUUUUAUAUAAUAAAAAAGAAGCUUAAGGGGGAUAGUCUAACGUCGUCAGCAAACUGGAAUCCAAAGUUACUUUUUUGAGGACAGGAUCACGCAUCUUGCUACCUAGAGCCUACAAUUCUUCUUCUUGAUGGUAAGUGCAGUUUGCAUAAAGGGUCUAUCCUCCUGAUGACUGCACGAGUACAAAUGUUGGGAGACGCGUUUAUGUUGAGAAUGGCAAAGUUUCAAAAGUGUUUGUUAUCUUGUACUGCAGAUAGAGGAGCGGCGACCAAACAGAGGCGUGUGUUAGAGGGAGACUUGCUACACUGUAGGGCGGGAUGUUGUGUUUAUGGCGUCAGCUGAUCCUUGGUGUUGCGGCGAGGCAGUUUUCUGUGUUUGGCUGCUGGGGGCGCCAGGUAUAAAUGGGCACAGGUCAAAUGUGGCCCAAUUUGUUGGUCGACUUAGAUUCACAAACGCUUAUGUCAUAAUGAUUGUUUUGAUGUUUAGAGUGCUGUAGUACUAUAUAUAUUUCCGCUGCAGUAAGCCCACCCAAGACUGGUAAUGUAAUAAUUGUUUACCUUUUUAUCACCACUUCAGGUUCGGACUAAUAUACCUAAUGCAUCAUUAUAUAAAGACAUACGAAGCACAAAAUAAAUUGCCUUGCCAAUUUAUUAUAAUGACAUUACAAAUCUUCUUUACUCAUUGUCUUGGGUGUCAGCGACACACAAAACAGCGUAGCUUACCUUCAUCACAAUUUGUAAUACAUUAUUUGUGUUUCAUAUACAUGUUAAAAUAACUAUCCUUUACACAUCAUACUUUGUAUAUAUCUUCAGUUCAGGCAACAUACAUGACUAUACCGUGUAAAUAUUUAGCAUAGGAACAUUUUAUUGGCAUAUCUUCUGUACAGUCCCAUAUUAUAUAUAUAUAUAUAUAUA